GUAACGAAUGGCGAAAUCCCACGAUGCAAUGCGAACAAGCUCAGCCACACAUGGCAGUUUGUUUUCUCACUUGCUAAUAUUUUUCUGCUGAAAGUAAGGAUUUCCAAGUGUACGUUUUAUUUUAUUUAUCUAAAUGAAGGUUAAAGUCCUUUCAAGAAACCCGGAUGAUUACGUCCGGGAGACCAAACUAGACAUUCAGCGAGUCCCCAGGAACUAUGACCCCACCCUCCAUCCUUUUGAGGUGGCCCGGGAAUACACACGGGCCCUGAACGCAACUAAGCUGGAGCGAGUCUUCGCCAAGCCCUUCCUGGCUUCCCUGGAUGGUCACAGAGAUGGGGUUAACUGUCUGGCUAAGCACACCAGGAGCCUCUCCACCCUUCUGUCAGGCUCCUGUGAUGGAGAGGUCAAAGUGUGGAAUCUUUCCAAACGCGAGUGUGUCCGCACACUGCAGGCACACGAGGGGUUCGUGCGAGGAAUGGUGGUCAGAUUCUGUGGGACUUCUUUUUUCACAAUUGGGGAUGACAAAACGAUAAAGCAAUGGAAAAUGGAAACGCCGGGUUAUGGCGAGGAGGAGGAGCCACUUCACACUAUUUUGGGAAAAACUGUGUUCACAGGGCUGGACCACCACCAGAAAGAGGGUGUGUUUGCAACAUGUGGCCAGCAGGUGGACAUCUGGGAUGAGCAGAGGAGCAGCCCGAUCCGCUCUUUCACCUGGGGAGUGGACAGCUUCAGCUCUGUCAGCUUUAACCCUGUGGAGACAGAUCUUCUUGGAAGCUGCGCUUCUGACAGAAGUAUAGUCCUAUAUGACAUGAGAGAGUCAGCACCGCUUAAAAAGGUUAUUAUGACUAUGAGGUCAAACACCUUAUGCUGGAACCCAAUGGAAGCUUAUUACUUCACAUGUGCAAAUGAAGACUACAAUCUGUACACGUAUGACAUGAGGUACCUGGAGAAGCCCUUGGUGGUUCACAUGGACCAUGUCUCUGCGGUGCUCGAUGUCGACUACUCUCCCACUGGGCAGGAGUUUGUGUCCGCCAGUUUUGAUAAAACCAUUCGGAUCUUCCCCAAGGACGCCGGACACAGCAGGGAAGUGUACCACACCAAGCGCAUGCAGCAUGUCAUCUGCAUAAAGUGGUCAGCAGACAGCAAAUACAUCCUGAGCGGAUCUGAUGAAAUGAACAUCAGACUGUGGAAAGCCAACGCAGCUGAGAAGCUGGGAGUGCUGGCUCCCAGAGAGAGGGAAGCUGCAAACUACAGUCAGAAGCUAAAGGAGAAGUUCCAGAACCAUCCACAAAUCCGGCGCAUCGCCCGCCACAGACACCUACCUAAGAGCAUCUACCAUCAGACCAAGGAACUCCGGGUCAUGAAGGACGCUCGCAGACGGAAGGAGAUGAACGUUCGCAAGCACAGCAAGCCAGGAGCCGUUCCUGUGGUGUCUGAGAAGGAGAAGCAUGUUGUUACGGUGGUGAAAUAGAGCGACUGCAGGGAGAAGAUCCAGACUCUGACUGCAACCACACAGGAACCCGUUCAGACCUUUCUGUGUGAAGGAUGAACAAAAGCUCCAGCAAAAGACCACCAACCAAUGUUGGGAAGUUAUUCCGUUUCAAAGAAACCCGAAAAGACAAACUAAAAGCUUCUGGACUGAUGCUACUUCAUGAAAGCUUGUACUUUUCAGUUUUAAACAGUUUCCACCAUUGAGAUUUUUUCCUCAGAUAUUGUUCUGCAUAACAAGUUUUGUACAAUUUGCUUUCUUUUUUCAUGAAUCCUGAACCUGUGAUUGUUGUAAAUUUAAGAAAUUAAAAUCAAGCAGUUGUAGUAAACAAAUGUUCAUUUUAUGCUUUCACCCCUGACUCAUUUUUAGGUACAUUUUAUAAAUGUUUAGGUUCUAUAAACUAGAAAGAAAUGGUACAUGAUAAAAUGAUCAGAUCAAAAGAAAUGUUUGCAUUUUUAAUACGUUUGAUGAAAGAACCGAGGAAACGUUUCUGCAAAAACGCCAAAGAAGCAGACCUGAGGAGAAACAGUCUGGAAAGAAAAGCUUCUAAUGAAAUUCUUUUGUUGCUGAAUGUAGGAUGUCAGAAGUUCUUGAAAUACCACAUUUAAAUAGUCGUACUUGUGAUUGUUUUUGUCCUAAAUAAAUCGGUACAGACUGA